UCCUUGUUCCGACAGCUUCCGGCGGCGGGGAUGCCGACGCCGCCACGCUGGGUGCUGGCGCUGCCCGGCCGCUCUGACGCGAUGGGGCGGGGCGGGCAGGUGAAGGUGCUGAGAUGCGGGAGGCCGGGAUGCGGACGGUCGCGCUGCUUUUGCUGCUGUGUCCGCCGGGCCUGGCGGGGCGCUUCUGGCACCUCACGGACCUGCAUUGGGACCCCGGCUACGAGGCGGCGGUGGCGGCCGGGCAGCGCUGUCCGUCGGGCGGCUCCGAGGCCGCUCCGAGCGCGGGGCCGUGGGGCAGCUACCUGUGCGAUGCGCCGUGGGGUUUGCUGAGCUCCGCCGUGUUCGCCAUGCGCCAGCUGCUGCCGCGGCCCGACUUCGUGCUCUGGACCGGGGAUGAUACUCCUCAUGUUCCCAAUGAGCAGCUUGGAGAAGAAAAGGUUCUGCACAUCAUUGAAAACCUGACCUCUCUGAUAAAACAGGUAUUUCCAGAUACUAAAGUCUAUGCAGCAAUGGGUAAUCAUGACUUCCACCCCAAGAAUCAGCUUCCAGGGAAGGAGAACAGGAUCUACAACCAAACAGCAGAACUGUGGCGUUCCUGGUUGAAUGAAACUUCUAUUCCUCUGUUCAGAGCAGGAGCUUUCUACAGUGAGAAGCUGCCCAGCCCAGAUACCAGGGGGCGAAUGAUUGUUCUCAACACCAAUCUGUACUAUGACCAGAACAACCAGACUGCUGGUGAGGAAGAUCCUGGAGGGCAGUUCCAGUGGCUGGAGGAAACACUGACCAAUGCCUCUAAAGCAGAAGAAAUGGUCUAUAUUGUGGGUCACAUCCCUCCUGGCUUCUUUGAGAAGAAACGAGGCAAGCCGUGGUUCCGGAGGGAUUUCAAUGAACGAUACUUGAAAAUUGUGCAGAAGCACCACAGAGUGAUUGCUGCCCAGUUUUUUGGACACCAUCACACAGACAGCUUUCGCAUGUUUUACAGUGAUUCAGGUUCCCCAAUCAACGUCAUGUUCUUGGCCCCUGGAGUGACCCCCUGGAAAACAACAUUACCUGGAGUGAACAAUGGAGCCAACAACCCUGGGAUCAGAGUGAUUGAUUACGAUGCAGACACCCUUCAGGUGCAGGAUGUGGUGACUUACUACCUGAACUUAACUCAUGCCAAUCUGAUGGCCCCAGCAUGGGAGGAGGAAUACCGGCUGACGAGCGCCUUUCAGGUGCCUGAUGGCUCCACACAUUCCAUGCAGACAGUGUUGGAAAAGAUAUCCAAGGAUGCAAACUAUCUGCAGCAAUAUUACGAGUUUAACUCUGUCAAAUACGACCUUACCCUGUGUGGGGAGACCUGCCGAGUCGACCACGUUUGUGCCAUCAAGGAAAUUGAUUUUACCAGAUAUGAGGAGUGCCUUAAAGCCAACAGCUCUACUUCUGCCAUCGUCAGUGUUUGCCUUUUAUUACUCUCUUUGCUCUUAGGGAUCUUUGGUCCCCAGCAAACACUGUAAUGACUGAGAGCAUGAGUGAAGAGAGCACAGCUUCACAGUGCACAUGAAUUGGCAGUUGUGCAUGCUUUUGGAAUUGGGAACUUAUUUGAAAACCAAGAAAUAAUCAGUGCUUUGUAGUAAAAGCUCUGUGAUGUUGAUUUCAGCACUUCUAGAAAAGCUUGAUGCAUCAGAGAUGAUUACAAAGCCUUUUUGUACCAGACUGAUCCACAUCAGGGAGUUCAUCUUCCUUCUGCUACAACUUCUGAGGCAGCUGCACAAAUGAAAUGAAGGCCUCCUUGUAAGUUGUAACUUACCCAUACUUAAUGUGAGAGCUAUGAGCUGCCACGUGUUCCUGAGGAAUCCGAGUAUGCUUCUCUUCUGAAAAAAACAACACAACAGCUGGCCUUGCAGGGUCUUGUUUUGGUGGCCUUAUACAGCAGCAGCUUUGGCUCUGGUGUGUGAGCAAAGCCAGGCAGUGUCAGAACUGCCUCUGACAGUGUGGGAAGUCUGAGUUUGAGCCCUGACUUUCACGUGUCAGCAUCCACAAUGUGGCAGCAGGGUAAGAAGCUUCGUGUUAUUUUUUCAGAUGCUGAGCACAGAUGGCUUCCUCCCAAACACCUUUGGUGUUCUUUUAACUCACAUCUGCUUGUUUUCUUCAGCUGUGCAUUGCAAACUGCAAAGAAACCCUCCGUGCCUCGCCAGCCUUCUGUCUGCUCCUGCAAAAGCCACACAUGAACCAAAGAAAAGUGACACUGUUGAGCCCUUGGGGACGAGUGGAUGAGACAGCGCAGAAAUCCCUGUGCUGUCCAUAAGCAAUUGUGUGGAGGCAGCGCCGGAGAAUCAGUAAUGGAACAAUGUGUUGUGUCAGAGGGGAAGCACGGACAGGGGUGGCACAGCCUUCUGCAUGGCUGCAGCUUUGCAGGGGUUGGUGGCAUUUGCCCGUGGCACAGCUCAGGACGAUCACAGGAGCAGCGCCUGCGCUCCUCGGCUGUGCUCGGGGUAAGCACUGCUUGCACGGGAAAGGGGUCUGGAAAUGAGCCACUGCCUAUGGGAAUGAUUUAAAAAUCAGGGCGGGGAAAAAUAAAAAGCGCUGGGAAGCACCGCCGGAUGUGCUAAGGAUGAGCUUUUUUCUUGCAAUGGGGAACAGGGAACCCAAAGGCGGGGCGAGGAGCGGAGCUGCGGGGCGGGGCGGCGCU